AUUCUAGGGUUUCCAAUUUUUCAAUAAUCAUGUCUCAAUGUUUUAGAUUCCAUGUUCUUUUCAUUCUAGGGUUUUCAAUUUUUCAAUAAUCAUGGCCAUGUUUGAUCUCAAUUUCAUGUUUCAGAUUCCAUCUUCUUUUCGUUCUAGGGUUUUGAAUUGUUCAAUAAUCCAUGGUUUUCGUUUCAAUUUUCAUGUCUCAAAAUGUUUUAUAAUAUGAAAUACUGUUCUCUUCCUGCAGAGGAGGAGAAGGAGAGGGACUACGAUCUAUAUGAAUUAUUGGGAGAGAACUUCGAAACCUUCCGCAAGCGUUUGAAAUUUUUGAAUCGGUAACGCCCAGACCUCAUGUACCAGGAGAUUUCCAGGUCUAAGAACCAUGACAAGUAUACCAAGGAGUUGAGGAAGCAGCAUCAGGCUAAACUUUCAAGCACAUUACACAGACGCACUUACGAGAGGCUGGGUGUCAAAGAGCGUCUAUACGAUGUUGAGAUGUACAACAAACUCUCCCGAAAAGGACCUGAAACCACCUCAGAUUCACUUGAACUGUUAAAAGGAAAACUCCACCGUGUACGGUUAUCUAAUUUGUCAAUCUAUCCAGCAGUGCUGACAGGAACCGGUAGAGAGAUGAUCGGCACCCUUGAAGCAUAUUUCAACGGUUUCCGUUUUUCACCUUUCCAGAUAGAUAUCAUGUACAGUAAUGUAAAACAUGCUUUCUUUCAAGAUGGAGAAGAAAAUAAAGCUGGAGAUGAGACCAUAUCCCCGCUCUUGCACUUGCACUUGCACUUGCACAACCCAAUCAAGGUGGGGAGCAAUAUGGAAAACAAUAUCCAGUUCCGUAUGGUGCAUACCUCAAGGGGAAUGAAGAGAUCUGCUAAUCGUUCAUGUAAGUUUGAGGAUCUUAAUCAAGUUAUGCGCAACUUUGUCGGCGAAGUUGAUUGUAUUUGGAGACGGUUUCCUUACCUUUCAUGGACAGAUGUACACAGGGUGCACGGAUUCAAGGGGGAACUUCCCCUGAAAGAACCGCGUGUACUUUGCCUGACUGAAUAUUGCCUAGUUGAUCUCGUAAAAGCACCUUUCCUUAUUGUCACACUAGAAGAGGUCGAGAUUGCUAGUUUGGUGCUAGUUAAACCUGAGAUGACGGUGUUUAACAUGACAUUCGUGUUCAAUGACUUCGAGCUCGGUGUGCUUCAGAUAUACUCAAUUCCUGGAAUAAAACUCGAUCGCAUCGAACAGUUGCUUGAUAUCAGACGUGUCAAGUACUACGAGAACGAUAAUCUAGAUUGGGAUACUGCACAGUGGAAGUCCAAGUUGGAGACAAUAAGACUUCACCCAAAGACGUUCAUGGAGGAGGGCGGAUGGGAUAAGUUCAACUCAGAGGAAACUGCUGCUGAUUACUCUGACAGCUCGGCGGCGAGUAUCGAGAAUUACUCCUCAGGGAUGGAUUACGACUCUGACAAGCAAUCAUCUCAUAAAGGUCAGAAGUUGGAGCCACCUGCAGAAUUGAAAGAGCAUAAUACUUACUACGCCAAUGACACACCUGGUCAAGUGUCUAGUUCUGGCCGUAAGAAGAGAGGAAAGAAGAAAAUGCCUUCAACUCAGGAAUACUUACUACACGGACGGCGGGGUGGUCGGCGGGGUGGUGGUGUUGGGAUAGUAAAGAGUAGAGUUUGACAGCGAAGCUGGUGAGUUAAUAUCUUUAUCAACACUAUUACUUAGUUUCUUAAAUUUCUUAAUGUUUUAUAAAAUUGACAGUUUUAUAAAGAGAAGAAUCACCUUAUAGUUAUAUUGGAAGCAUGCUCUUAGUCAUCUUAACAGCUAUGCUGAUAAGAUGGUUGCUUUUGCUAGGUAGGUUGCAGUCUGUAUAAUCAUCCUAGUGACCAGUGUCCACUUUUUUUGUGGCUGAUGUAAGGCUAGGCGAUCUUAAAACAUAUAGUAUGAACUAAGUCUGCCUAAUUAAUUUAAGUUUCUUUUUUCGACAAAAUAGGUUAUAUGUUCAGAGGGCACUUUUUAUCACUUUGCUUGCAGCAUUUAGAAUGGUUUCAGUAAAAUCGUUUUAAGUUUCUCCAUCGACACAGUGUACCCUUGUAGUAAGAUCGUUUUUGUCAAGGUAUUCGUUAAUUGCUAAAUGGAUAUUGUUUCAGUAAAAAGCAAACUCAUACGAAGGUAGUAUACGUGUCUUCCGCUUCUACUUGGUUAUUUUUUUGCUUCUAUGUUAUUUUUCUAUAUAGCAACAAAUGUGUCUGUUGUUUGCAAAGGAUUUUCGUUUCUGAUCGUAGUGUAUUUGUUUUGGUUCACGUUUCACCUACUAAUAGUUUUCUGAAGCCAAAACUUAUGUUUUGUAAUUAGUGAUAUUUGUGUCUGUAUGGAAAUGCAUUUUAAGGAUAUUAGAUGAUGGAAUUAUUUGGAUGCCUGAGCUCGAUGUCAGAAUGCAGGAGUUCCGCCACGUCUAUUCCAUGUAACCCUUUAGAACUGAAAGAAUCCAAUUUGGAUUUUAACCUUGUGUUAUGAGGAUCAGAUAACUAACUGAGUGAUAAUGAAUCAGAAGAAGGAGAUGAAAACCAACUGGCAUUACUCCUAUUGGCCAGGGGUUGGGCUCCCAAUUUAUAAGUUGCGGGUUCAAUUCCUCAAUGUUUGAAGUUGAUUAAUUCCUUAAUGUUUGAAGUUGAUUAAUUGAUAUUGAUUCACCGGUAAACUCUCUGCUAAUCACUACUUCCGUAUUCCACCAUGCAGGUCUUGUUCAUUGGGUCACUUUAAACAGUUAAAAAUACAAAAUUACCUAAUAGUGCAAUCUCAGAUGUGGGAUAAAAAUGCAGCAGCACAUAUGAACCAAAGUUUAUUAUGAUCGUUUUAUUUAUUUUUUGGAUUUGUGAAUCAGAAAUUGAUUCGUAAUAAAAUAUGUACAAAUAGAUAAUGUCAUCAUAAAAAUACACAACCAAGAGACCACCAUGCCUCUCAAAACCUAAUUUAGGUGCAGGACUAGGACAACGUCAAGUCUUGGCCAUAACCCUGCU